AUGAAAACUGUUCCUCUUUUUCAGGUGAAAAAGACACCAACUGUUACAAAGGAUGAGUUCAAACACCUCCCUAAAACAGAACGCGGAGUUGCUCUCCGAAAAGCACUGAAAAAGAAUAAGCGCGCGCGACAAGCUGAACGGGAAAAAUUGCGAGAAACUCUCGGAGAUGCAGCACCGCCGAAAGAAGUGCCGAAAACAAUUGAGAGCACUAGAGAAUACGAUGUGACAAUGGUCCAAGAUAACGAUGAAGAGAUAGAGCAUGAUGAAGCUCACGACGAGUUUGCAGCGUACUUCAAUCGCGAAACGACACCAAAGGUUCUAAUAACAAUGUCGCCAUUUGCGAAGAAGACUACAUGGAAGUUCUGUUUCGAACUGCAAAAGUGUAUUCCAAACGCUGAGAUUUUCUCUCGCAAAGGAGUUCCAUUGAAAAAAGUUGUCAAGCAAUCUAUAGCCCGCUCUUACACUGAUUUAAUUGUUGUUCAUGAAGACCAGAAGAAGCCAAGUGAUAUCAUUGUUCUCCGUUUCUUAUUUCCCCAUCACGUAACAUAG